CGUCGGUUACCUUUCCUUUUCCCUCCGGCGGUCCGCCCCCCGGCACCGGCAGGCGGCAGCCCUCUCUUUGUCUCUCACGCGGACCGGACCACCGGAAACCAGGAACCAAACUGCCCAGAAAGAAAAGAAAACCUUUUUAUUUCACAUUUUUUUCCUCCCAACAAAAACAGAGGGAAAUAAUAUUCCAGGGCCGCCCACGCCGGAACCGACCACUUCACCGGCAGCGAGCCGGAGACUCCGUGGAGCCCCUAUCCCCGCGCCGGCGUGGGCGGAGGGAGGAGGAGGAGCAGCAGCAGAAGCAGCAGCAGAAGGAUAAAGGGGGCUCUGGGAGCCUCUGAGAAGAAGCUUCUAGAAGCUGCCUGAGGCGAGGGCGAGCGCGCCGCGGGCAGAGUGAUCUCGGUGGAAUAAGUCGCGCGGGGCCGGCGCCGUGAGGGACGCGCCUCUGGAUGCCGGCACCCUCCGGGAUUUGAAUGGUGUCCAGAUCUCGAGGGGGAGGGGAGCUUCUCGAAGCGGGGUGAGGCGCGCGGGCCGGCCGGCGGUUAGGGUUUGGUGUGAGGCGGGAUGGUGGGGAGCUCGGUGGAGGGAGGAGCGGACGGAGAUGGAGGCUGCUGCGGCGUCGGGGACACCUCUCCCGGGACCAUCGUGUGGGUGCGGCGGAGGAACGGGUCCUGGUGGCCCGGCAGGAUCCUGGGCCCCGAGGAGCUCCCACCGUCGCAGAUCAUGUCGCCGAGGUCCGGCACGCCGGUCAAGCUCCUCGGCCGGGAAGACGCAAGCGUGGAUUGGUACAACCUUGAGAAAUCAAAACGUGUUAAAGCAUUCAGGUGUGGAGAGUUUGAUGCCUGUAUUGAGAAGGCAGAGGCCACUCAAGGGACUGUUGUGAAGAAAAGAGAGAAAUAUGCACGGAGAGAAGAUGCUAUUCUUCAUGCACUUGAAUUGGAGAGGAAACAGCUUGCAUCAAAGUAUCAAACUCAAGGUUUCAGACCUGGACCUCCUGGUAAUAUUUCUGCUUGCACAAAACAUCGCAAAGACCUUGGAAGUACUCGCUACAAGAGUAAAAAGAGCAAGAAGCGCAAAGAUGCAUCUGUUCCUCCUGAUGUAAAGAAAGAAGUGGGACAAUGUUUUCUACAUGCUGGUUCAAAGAGAAACUUUUCAGAAUCUCUUACUGAAGGAAAUGUUGUCAGUAAUCACAUGGGUGAUUUCUCCCAUUCGAGACAUUCUCAUGGAGGUGCCACUUUAGAGAACAAGGAGAGGAGUACAAUUGUGAAGAAAAAUAGAUCGGACGGAAGUGAUUUUGAAGAUUCUCUUGUUUCAAAAUCAGACAGACGAAGACCACUUUCUCAAGUAUUGCAGAGCAGUGAAAACUUGCCUCCUCACUUAAAGCAAAAUGAUGAUUUUGGGGCUUUGUUAAUUGGGGAGAAUAAUAAUCCUUCACUUGCUACCUCCCGGUCCAGAAGAAGUAAAUAUACAUACAUGGCUAGUGAUUCUGGUGAAACUCAGAGUCAUAGUGAUUUACCUUCUAUAAAGAUGUCUUCUACUGGAGCUGAUUUUGAGAAUGAAAGCUAUCUUCAGCAUCCUGGUUAUUUUUCUGAGGAGCACACUUCUUCUGACUUCGUUGAGAAGCAAAUAACCGAGUCUUCAGAGAGGGAAUGCUCAGAAAGUGAGACUGAAGAUGAUGCUGAACUUCUGCAAAAUGCAAGUGUGAUUCUACCCAUAGAAUCAUGUGCUCCUGAUCCGUAUUCUGUUCCAGCUUCUGACAAGUUCAAACAUGUGCAUUAUGAUGACAAUGAGGUGACAUAUUCUACUUAUGUGCCCCAAAAUGAAUCUGAGGAAGAGGAUGGUUCUUCUGAGCUGGGUGUCUCUCAGUGGCACAUGAAAGGUAAACGUAACAAUCGUAAUGCCGCAAAAAGAUUAGUGGAUAUGAGAGAUGGAAAUACAUGGUUAAACAAAUACAAUGGACCAUUAAAAGGGUCUUUGCAUAACACAAAUGGUGGGAAUCCCAGAAAAGAAGGUAUGCACACAUCUGGUGAGCAGUUUUUUGAGGAAAGCUUUUACCAAAUUAAAGAGGAGCCCAAUUAUGAUUCUGAGGAAACUAAUUUGUUUGAGGACAUGAGCCAUUCAGAGGCUAACUUGUACUAUGGUAAAAAAUACCAUUCAGCCUUGAGAAUCACAAAAGAUCUUAGCCGAGGCUACGGUUACUUUAAUGACUAUGAGAAUGACUCUUCAAAUCUUUCUCACUUAGAUAUGGACGCUGAACAGUAUCAUGUUGAUCGGAAUGCAUAUUGGGAUGGACCUUCAUUUUACCAAAGGAAGUUGACUUCACGUUUUGGUGGCAUGGGACCAAUGUUGUUCAAUGUUAACCUUAAAGUUCAGGCCAGCUACCAAGGAGAGCAUGUCCCUCUUGUCUCCUUAAUGAGCAGACUUAAUGGCAAAGCAAUUGUUGGACACCCUAUCCAAAUUGAAAUAGUUGAAGAUGGUUCCACAGAUCAUCUGGUAUUCUGCGGUGACAGUGGUAUGCAAGAGAGCACAGCUACUCCACCUGCUUGGCCAACAGGUAGAAGAACUGCCAUGCAAAGAGUUCCCCGUUCAAAUCCGUCAGGAGCACUGUUGGAUGGCGAUAAUGAAGGUGGUCUUGUGUAUUCUGAUUAUGAGAUGAAACCAACCUUAAGAAAGUACUCGUCUUCUUCGAAUCACCAGGUUAAGGUGAAUAAGAAAAGCAGUUCGGAUGCUAGGAGGUCAUCAGCUAAGUCCCAUAAGAAGUCAUCCAAGAAAACAAACCUUAGAGCUCUCUCUUCCAUUUCCGCCGCAAAAAAACACCACGGAGAAGGUGGCCGAGCAAAGGCACAUUGGCGCAAUGACAUAUUUGGUGGUUUAAUCAAAUCAGAGGGAGCAGUUCCUCUAGUGACAUGUGUCCCAACGAAGGUUGUGUUCACUAGGAUAUUGGAAGCAGUUGGCAGGCCACCUCCAUCUGUCGCUCAUCGUGUUAGAAUGGCUAGUCCUUCAGUGCGAGAUCCUCCAUAGGCUUCAACUGUAGUGCUACUGCUACAUACGGUUUAUGUUGCCAGCCGUUGACAUGCAAGUUUUAUGUACAUUCCUGUGAAUUGAAGAGGCAGACCAUUCAAUCAUCCGGUAACACCUGUGAAGAGUCAGAUUGAUAUGGUUGCUCCUUAAUAACUUGGAACAGCUGAUCUCUUAUUAGCAUUGGUGACAACCUGUAAAGAUCAAUAACGCUUGUGUAUUUCUGACUGGAGACUGAGAUCAUGAAUGCUUCAGAGCAGCUGAGCCAUUGAUACCAUGAAGAGGUACUCUUUGGUGUAACUAGCAAUGGUGACUAUGUCUUUUGGUUUCGUCACAACUGUCUCCUGUAAAGUACUAACUUCAGCAUUUUAGGUGUCAAUUUAGUUAAAACAUUUGUGUCAUCAUAUAUAGCAAUAGGUCAUAGGUUUCCUAAUGUCAUGUAUAAUCCCUCAAUUAUAUCCUGAUGUGUCUGUUAUUUAUUGUCGAGAAGUAGUUGAUUCAACUGUAUGCUUAGAAGCAUGUGUAUCUAGUCGAUGUAAUAUAUCAGAGCAAGUACUCAACAUCCAAAUGGGAACAAUCUAGUCAUCCAUGUGAAGUUUCCCAUAGACAGUGUGAACAAAAAGGUUAUUCCAUGGGCCUCUGCUCGGCAAGCUGGCUGCGGCUGCGCUGAGCCUUACCACUUA